AUGAUUAAAACAUACAGCCUUCAAUUUGGGUCUCAAGAGAUUGAGCAGAUGUAUCGUUAAUCACCAUAGGUGGGUUUCAAGCACAGAAGUGAAUACUUAUAUGCAGCUAUUACUAUUUAUCUAAUCCUAAUUGUGAUAAAGUAUAACUAAUAUCAGAACUUAAUGCUUCAACUAUUCCCUGGAGUUGGCUUAAUAUUGAUAUUGAUUUGUUAUAUCGGAAUAAGGAGAUAUCAAAAAUACAAAGAAAUCUUUGUUACUACUAACAUGCUCAUAAUGAGUGCUAUCAUAGAAAGUAUACGACUCUUUGGAUCUGAAUCUGACUCAUGGUUUUAUGGUCAUCACUCUUCAGUUCUCAAGAUCUUAAUCUACUCAUCCGGAUCCUCAUUUAUUGGCUAAUCAUGUUUCUUUCUCCUAACUUAAAUAGCAAACUUUUAUGAUUUCUAGACUUAUGACAUAUAAUCCAUCAUCUCUUAAUUUAUAAUAUCUAUAAUGCUCGUUGUAUUAAGAUAUCAGCAUGAAAUAAUCAAGAGAAAACACUUUUUAGUUAAUUUAUCCAAAGUUCAAUAUGAUAACAUUUUAGAGGACUUAUUACCCUCUUGGGUGGUCAUUGUAAAGUAUAAUAAAUUAACUGGCCUACUGGAUAUUGAAAAGAUAAAUAAACAUUUGAAGGAUAAAUUCAAUAUUAAUAACAGUGAAGCAUUCAGGGAAUUCUUAAGAAAACUGGUCUUCUUCGACAUGGAAAAUUAAAACACCUAACAAUAUAUCAAAAUAGAACAUCAGAUCAUCUAAGAACUCUAAUAGAAGAAUGAAGAACACCCUGAUCAAAAAUAUUUUGCCAUUUUAGAAGAAUAGAAUAAAUCUAAACUGUGGAAAUUCAGAGUUACCUAGGUUUAUUUCAAUUCCUUUUAACCUUAAAUACUACUCUUAUUCGAAGAAAUUGAAGAGGAUAAAUAUGAUAAGUACAUAAAUGCAAUUGAACAAAGAGACAAAUAAUUAUACUUAAAUGCAAAAUUAAGUAUUAAAUAAAUCAAUCAUCAACUCGAAAUUAUUCAAUAAUUCUAUUAGGAAGUAUCUAAACAUGAAUGUCUAAUCUAUAUUUAGCAUAACUUAAAAUAGUAAUUGUAGUUAAAUUAUUUCCUUUACAAUUUAAACAACAAUCUAUUUAAUUUAUAUUAAAUAUGCCAUAGACAAAUUAAGAGUGAUAUCAAUGUAUUAAAAUUGGAUUUAUUUAUUAUUGAUGUCUGUCUUAACCUUCAAAUAGAAUACAAAAUUAAUAAAUAGAAUCAGCAUCUAAAUCUUAAAAACCUAAUUGUGACAACUGACAAAUAAAAACUCAUUUCCAUUAUUAUGAAUUUAGUUUACUUUAUCAAGCUUUUGCUUUCCAUAAUCCAUAAAGAUAAUAAUAUUGUGUACCAAGUUUAGCCAUUAAAAAAACCAAUUAAACUUUCUAUAAAAUAAUCCAAAAAAUUUCAAAACUCAUUAUAAAUUUCUUUAACACAUCCUGAUCUAAAUGUAGCCAAUUCUUUAAUCACUUAAUUACAACACAUUGAACCCUUUUAACUGGAUGAUCAGAAAAGAAAUUGGGAAUAAAGAAAUUAUUUUGACAAAAUAACAAGUAUUAAUGAAAACUUGUAAUAAAUAAUGGAGAUGCAUAAGUAAGAAGUAUCCUCAAAUCAAUUAAUUUAAAUAGAUAACCCAUAAAUCAAUAGUAAAAAUUAAUAAGGCAUACAAAAUGUAAAAUAGUUAUAAUUUAAUACAAUGGGAUAUAUCAUAGCAUAAUAUUUUGCUAGUAGUUUAGGGCCUCACAAUAAGUUCACUUUCAAGUAAACUUGUCUCGACAUUGAAAGAUAUCAUUCUACUUAAUUUAUAGGGUUGUAAUAAACUAAAAUAUAAUUCUGUAUUUAUAAAAAUUUUUAAAAUUUUUAAAAGGAGAUACAAAGUGAACAAUAAUACUAUUUUGGUUAUAAUUUGAAUAUUUCAUCAGAAAAAAUGAUAGGUUAAGAUAUAUAUUAGAAUUCUUACUAACAAGUUCAAAAAACUAAAUGA